AUGGCUAAUAUAGUUAGCAAUCACAACAGUAGCAGCAGCAGCAAUGGCACCAAGUACACAAUAUCUUACAAUAAUUUAAACAACGCUAGUACGAACAGCAAUGGAAUUGGCAGUGCUGGCAGUGAGUCCAUGGAGUAUAUGAACGAUAAAGCAUUAGGCGAUGGAGACACUGCUCUGAAAUUUGCUCUACUUUUUUCAUCCCGGAACUUCGAUGCGUUGGCUAUGAAAGAGACAAAGGUCCGAAGUGCUAUGCUAAAGAUCCUGGAGACAAAUUUCAUCAAUGCAGACGCAUACCGAGAGCAUGACAAGAAUCGUCUGUACAACUCCAUAACACUUUUAGGCGAAUACUAUCAUCGCGUUCGUUUGGCCAACAAUGCACCUAUUACAAUUUUGGGUGAAUCGCUGCUCAAUCUACUUACAAGGGAGAUCAAUGACACCUCAUUGGUAAUAAAUACUCGAUUGGCGCGUUUGAUUUUAUCACAGAUUACGCUUAAUGGCGAGAUAAUGCGCUCGCGCCAUAAGGUAGAAAUUGACCAACUACUGUACCAUAUUAGACGCCACCUGAUAAUGCAACCGGUGCUAACGCCUAAAGUAAAAGCUAUGCUGCUUAUGGUGUUGGAUUUGUUCUACAGCCAUUUUAAGCACAUUGGCUUCGAGUUGGAGGCAAUGUACUCAGACUACCUGGUUGCUGAGAGUGCGGAAGACGAUGGUAUUAAUAACAAUAGUGUAGCUGUGCAGCCGCAGACUCAGUACCAGCAGCAACAAGAGUCUCAAAGUGCGUAUAUAGAAGGACAUGGGAGAAGUAACACUGAUAAUGCCAGCCAAACAAAUAAGUCCACCCACGAUUCUUUUGAGAAAUGGAUCGAGCAAGUCUGUGAAGAUUCGCUCUGCGAUAUUGGUUUUGGCGAGGCGGAUAUUGGUAGUGGUGAUCUUUACAGUCAAGUCGAGCACGAACAAGCACGAGAAAGCAACAGAAAUUCAAGUAACGAAGGAGGCGUGAAUCGCCAAAGCCGACGCCCAUAUCAGCCGCGCACAUCACCGCGUCCUUUGAAACACCCUCAGGUGGCCAAUGAAGACCGCUCCGAAGGACUCGAUCAAUACGCGUCUGUGGGAAACAGUGAAGAUCGUGAUAAGACUAAGCCUUCACCUAGCUGGCGCAAGACUCGUUUUAAUCGCCCCAUCGAUGGUGAUAAUCAAAACGGACGUUCGAGCAACCAACAACGUCGCUAUAGCGCCAGCUUCGAUGACGACCACCACAUCGUGCGUAGCGAUGGCGGUAAUUUACGUCUAUAUACCAUACACGAUCGUCGUAAGCAUUCCCAGGAACGUUAUGAGAGGAAUCUUGGCAGCAACAAUUACAGCAGCAUUGUGAACUCCAAUUGGGACCAACGGGAUGAUCGCAGCGAACGCCCAUAUAUUAGCAAUUAUGAGCCUGGCAAUUAUAAGCGCGGAGGGCGCUUUCACAAUCGUAAUACGUACGAUAAGUCACCACGGUUCCAAAAGCAGCAGCAAUAGCAACAUCACUCACCGUGGCGUCGCUAAAAUACGUCCAUAAACAAUUCUUAUCAGGAUAAGAACUGUGCCUACAACUCCAGUGGGCACGAGUCAAAUAGUUGCAGUUCAUCACCAAAAUCACAAAUGUACGAUGGAAAGUCGAAUGCAUCAUAUCGUCAGCGUCAUCGCAAUUUCACGCGACGUUCCCAGCCGCAUAUACACCAACCGAAUGCUGAGAACUGACAGGC